CACCCGCUUGUUCACAUCCUUACGCAUACGAAAAUGUCCUUGAAAAACAAAAAACCACCUGGGCCCCCCCAGGAGAUGAUAGAACACAUUGAAUACCUUGGAGACCUCAUCAACAACCUUCCCGAGUCCCUCCCCGACAAUCCACCCGAGUCUUUGCUCCAGUUCUACGUCAAUGAAGACAUCGUCGAAGAGGCAGGGACAGUCUUUCCUGCAGUCAGCCGAGCUCUUGAGAUCUCCUUCGAGACAUGGAAGAUGAAGGACGCACCGAUCAGGUUCAAGGAACAAGGGGACCGAAUGAAGGCGCUUGUGCCAUUUCUGAAGGGUGUACUAAAGAGGAUGUUGGCAAGCGAGCGGGUUGUCUUUCUGGAUACCUGGGUGGACCGGCUUGUAAAGGGAGCGAAGGACAGUGGGGCAACAGGGACCAGGAGGAAGGAGAAGCGAGCAAGCGAUGAUGCAGAGCAGGUUGAACCACUGCCCAAACGAAGGAAGAAUGCAGCAAUGAUAGUCCUGUUGGACUCGGAAGACGACACACCUCAGGUUGUCCCCCGUGUCACUCAACACAUUGAUACCACCGUCGUCAUUCCCUCCACCUCCAAUGUCAGCACUAAGGACAACAAGCAAGCAACCCUGGCCACUAUGGGUUGGCAAACAUGGGCUGACGGCGCAAAAGCUUUGCAUCUAUCUGCCACACACCAAUUGCACGCACGCAAGCACAAGGACCAUGCCUCUGAAAAGGCGCUCGAGGCUGAGGCAAAGCUGGCGCGAAAGCAGGAGAUGGGAGCUGAGAGGCAGAAGCGAUUUUGGGAGAGGAAGAAGCUGGAGAAGGACGACUCGGAUGUUGAAAUGCUGCCAGAUGCAAAGAACGCACAUGUGGUGCUGCGGAACGGUGCUCGAGCAGCUGCGCUUGAUGACGGCGUCAUUGAUGUCGCCGGUGUCUCACGUGCUGGUACACAAGGCUGGCGUGAACGCCGUGAUGGUUUGAGGGGUGGAGUGGUCCAAGGGCCGGCUGUUAUUCCAAAUUACUUCCAGCCGUUUCUCUGGAACUUGCUCCACAAGACUGCAGUGCAAGAAGACUGGAGCCCAACGCGCAUUGUCAAAAGGCUGCAAAGAGACCAUCCUGCUCUCUUCAAGACACUCUCGAAGGGAACCAUUAGCAGGUGGAAGGAAAAGGGAAAGAAUGAGUGGUCGGUGGACACAAAGAAGAAGAUCUCAACUGGCGGUGUUGUUACCAGAACUGGCCGGACCGGGAUUCUUGCGCCGUUCCCCAACAUCACCCUCUGUGUGAAGAACUUUCUGAUUGGGAUCCGGCAGUCUGGUGGCAUUGUUAAUGUCUCGAUAACUCGCGGUCUCCUCCUGUCUGAGGUUGAACAACAAGCUCCUCAGCUUCUUCUCAAAUUCAAAGUCUCUGAGACCUAUGUUCGCACAUUCCUAGCGAGUGUGAUGGAAUGGACGUCGAGAGCUCCAACUCGUGCAGCCUGUCACAUCCCAAAUGAUGCUCCGAAACUUGUUGAUCGCACUUUCUUUCGAAUUCGAUACGCAAUAUUGACCGGUCGCAUCCCCCCAUCCCUUGUAAUCAAUGCAGAUCAAGCGGGAAACUACGUUCUCCCUGCGGGUUCACACACUUUCCACGACAAAGGAGCCAAGCAAAUCAAUGUUGUGGCCAAAGACGAGAAGCACGCCUACACAAUGAUGAUCACUUCAUCAGCUGCAGGCGAUUUCCUCCCCAUCCAGGCCAUCUGGGCCGGGAAGACAGCUGGAUCACUGCCGAGCAACAACGCUCCCAACAUGGCGGAGGCACUCGAUCGCGGAUUCGUAUUCUCGUCGGCAAAGAGCGCCAAGACAACCAGUCAUUUUUCCACCUUUUCCACAAUGAAGGAAUGGGUCAAAGGUGUCAUCGCACCUCAUCGGCUCAAGAUCAUCAAAAGGGACUCGCUCAAUGAUGAUCAAUCCAUGGUCGUCUUCAUUGAUAUCUACCCUGUCCACAUCGGAACUGAGUUUCGCACUCAUGUUUUCGAUGAAUAUCCCUUCAUCAUCCUGAUCUUCGUGCCCGGAGGUUGCACCCCCAUCUUCCAGCCUGCUGAUGUUGGACUUCAGCGCAUUGCCAAGCACAUUCUCAAACAAGACUCGCUCGACUUCCUCGUUGACACCUUCAAGAAAGAAUUUUCGAAUGGAGUGCCACCCACUGAUAUCAAGUAUCCGACAUCGCUUCCAGUUCUUUGCGAUGCCACGGUUCGAGGGCUUGUGAAGAUGUACGACUUCUUCCAGACUGAGGAGGGCCAUCGCGUUGUGAAAGAGGCUUGGUGGAAAUGUGCUGUGCCCAACAAGCCCUGGAACCUUUUGGCAGAAUGCUUGACCGGGAAAGAAUCCGAAAAGGCUUUGCGCGAGUUUCUGCGCACUGACACAUCCCUCGCAAUGGAAAUCGCCAACCGCUGCGGUGCCACUCAUCUUGGCGCUGUCAUGUCUGGUGCAGAUGUUGCAGAGGAUGUUGCCGACUUCAACGCGAAUGACGAUUCUGAUGUGCCUCUGUCUGCUGUUAUCAAGGACGCACUCUCAAUUACAGUGGCAUCCGAGGCCGCGGGCCAUUCGCUGCCAGCUUCCGAGCAAGUUGCACCAAGAACCGCGAAUGAUUCGACAGCCGGACUGGUCACAAAUGACCAAAGUGAAGACAUUUGGCCUUAUACAGUCAAUGGCCGCAUUUGGAGCUCUGUCGCUGAGCCAGAGGAUGCAGAAAUGGCUGCUCAGUAA